AUGACUUCAGCACAUAAUGUUUCCGAGAUCGUUGAUGAAAAUCGAACUACCUUUUGGAUUCGUUUAAAAUAUGAAGAACGUCUCGAUACCACAGUAAAAUAUUACACAUCAAAGAUGGUAAUUGUUCAUAUAAUAGCUGCAUGUGGUUUAUCAAUCUCAGAACUUUAUUAUGGUUUAAGUUAUCCAAAUCAAUGUCCAAUCGAACCUAUGAUUAGCACAUUUCUUAUUGUUCAUGGUGCCACUAAAUUUCUAUGGAUUUUCUUAAAUAUUCUUGCAAUUAUUAAUGCCAGAUUUCUUUACGGAAUAAUCAAUAAAAAAAGUCUAGCACGUCGACUUAUCCUAAUAAAUCUUCUACUUCAAUUUCUUUUUGCUAUAUGGUUCUUUUCAUGGUUUAUUGCCGGAAACAUUUGGAUUUUUCGUAAUAAAAAUCAUUAUCAAUCUAGCAAUUCAUCAGAUACAAAUACAUUUUGUCGACAAGAAUUAUAUGACGCAGCAAUGUUGAUCAUUAAUGUGACAUAUGGUGGCUUCGCAGUCACUCUCAUUGCGACAAUAAUACGUCGUCUUAUUAGUAGAAAAAAACAAAAAAAUGCAAUGAAUAAUCAAUAA